AUGGACUGUGGAAAUUCCGACGACGGUACCGGCGGUACAGAGGCCGCUGUAACUUCAAACUCAACAGAUCGCCGUGGUGACGGCUUCAGCCCCUCCGACCCCACAGAACAGCAGGAUCACAAGCAGACAGCAGCUUCCGAUUCCCAGCCAGAAGAGCCGAUGGAGUCAGCGCCGAGUGCCGCAGCAGCCACUAACAGCCACCAACAGCCGAUGUCGCUCCGCACCGCGACUGAUCCUGAGCGCCCUACAGUGUUCAGUGCCGUGCUCGGGCCCUCUGGCAGCGCCGCCGCCGCUCCCGACCUCGGCCGCGGCCAGACGCCGCGGGCCGGCCGGCGUGCCUCGCGCCGGCGCAUGCGCAGUGCUCGCCGGCCGCCGCGGCUCCGCCCGGCCGCGCCGGCCUCCGCCGCCCGCAGUCUCGGCCUGCCUCUGCCGCCGCCUCCGCCGCUGCCGGCUUCCGACGACGCACAGUGCCCGCUCCGCCCCGCCAGCUGCGCGCCUCCGCCACGCGUCACAUCGCUCCCGCGCCGGGCCGGCAUGGCUCGCUGCCUGCGCCCCAUCGGCGGCUGA